GCUUACUCAAGCUGGUUUCGCCAUUCUUACCUACCCUACCUUUAAGAUAUAAUUCAACCCACUAAAGUUAAUCAAUAUUCCAGUGGGGGGCAUGUUUUAAUUAAAGAUCUGUUUUGUUUUUUAGAUCAGGCAAACACAGGCAGCUCAUCUUAUGUGAUGGGUCCUUCUGGUGGUAGUGACUUUCAGCUUUUCAGUUUUCAGUUUCAGUUCUUAUACAUCCAUGACUUUCUGACGGAGGACUGCUCCUAAUUUACUCUAACAAAACACAACAUGAAUUUCGUCAGAACUCGCCUCUCUCUUGGCAACUUCAUUGGUCAGAGGUGCAGACAGGUCACUGAAACAUGGAGCCACAGAGGGAUGUGCAGUAAACCAGAGGUGGUCAAAGCAGAGCCUCCAGCAGCCCCAGCAGCCCCAGCAGCUCCAGCAGCCCCAGCACCAGUUGCUCGUGCCUCGUUCAGGGUCCCAGGCUACAAACCGUCGAAUAUGGACAAGAAGUUGCUUCUCUGGUCGGGACGCUUCAAGACAGAAGACCAGAUACCAGAGAUUGUGUCGUUUGAGAUGCUGGAUGCUGCCAGGAACAAAGUGAGAGUGAAAGCCUGCUACGUGAUGGUGCUGGUCUCGAUUGGGGCGUGUGUGAUCACGGUGAUCCUGGGCAAACGGGCUGCAGCCAGGAACGAGACUCUGACCGCCCAAAACAUGGAGAAGAAAGCAAGAUGGAGGGAGGAAAUGCAGAGAGAGAAGGAAGCUGCUCUCGCCCUGUCUGAGAAGGCUCAGUAAAAGAUCCCAUGUCCCAUCAUACCCUCGUAUUGGGCCCAUAGUGUCCCCCUUAUCCCUGUAUUUAUCACAACUUCAGAGCUCUCCACUCCCAUCCUAAAUAGCAGCCAACAUAAAUCACAGCAGUUGAUAUUUGUGAUUCCUAACUUUUUUUAAGCCUUUGUGAGGUUUUAUCUUCAUGUUUUUGAAACGACUAACACAUACUGUGGUGUUGUGAUACAUUUCAGACAAGAAAUCUGUGAGACGCACCAAUAACGUUACGCUUCUAGUAAGCUUUCUACAUAUACCUCGAAAUCUCUCCAAAAUAACUGCCUUCGUUUUGAAAUUAGCCUCAAAGGCAACGGUCCGACUUGUGAUGACAGUUCAGGGUUUAAAUGGUGUUCUGUUUUUCUGUAAGAGAACGUCAAGAAGUGGAUCAGGCAUCUGAACGAUGGUCCGUUCUGUUCUGGAUCAUGUGGGUUGUUCAUGACUGAUGCAGCAUCUGUGUUUGUAUAAAGUGAGCACUAAAAAAAUAUUAAAUAAAGUAUUUCUUGAGGA